AUGUUCUGUUUCACACUGUACCUGGCUGCAGUCAGCCUGCUGACAGGAACUGCUGCAAUAAAGCAGACAUUUACCAAUUCUGGGGAGAUGAACAUUGCCACUUGUCCCAUCACCUAUUAUGGACAGACAUAUGAAAAAGUAUAUGUGGCUGAUGCACAGGUUGAUGGCCAAACAGUUUCUAAGCUGAAAUUUCAGACAAAUGAAACAAGCAAGGGUGUCAUCACAGAUAUGAGUGGAUGCAGACUCUCAGGUGUUGUGUAUAAGACUAAUACGACAGUUAAGGACCCAAACAUCUGCUCUACUGUCACCUGUGAUGUGACUGGUGUCGCUACUGCCGUCAGUUAUUGUAGCCGCAAUGAGCGUUGCCAGGGCGAUGGCAGUUGCGCCUUGCACACUACAUGCACGAUGACAGGCUCCACCGUCAUCGAUUUCAUUGGUAGAGUUCACUUUGUUCCAGAUCGAUGUGCAUACAAUUUAAUGAAGUCCUCAUCAAUCCCAGACUUCCAGGUUCUGGGGGUUUUCCAGGAACGACGCCGUAAAGAUAUGAGUUUUUUGGACCAUGUGAUACUGCAGCUGGAUGGUCCAGGUGUUCAGAUUUCUCUGGGACAAGGUGGCAGAGUUCAGCUGAACAACAAAUUGUUGGCACUCAGCGCCACCCCUGCAGUUUUCCAUGGUGUGGAGCUCUUUAAAGACCAGACAGGUGUGACUGCUAAGAUGUCAGCAUCCAAAUACACAGUUUCUGUAGUCUUUGAUGGCACCACUGCACAGAUCCACAUGACCGGAUCAAGUGAAGCACCCGUGCAAGGUUUAUGUGGCAGUUCCAACAGGACUGUUAGUGAAGAGGGAGUCUCUAAAUACAGCGCCUCUGGUUGUAAGACACAGCAUGAUGACGCUGCUGAUAGUACGAUCAACUGCAAUGCCACAACUAAAUGGUGUAAUCUCCUGAAACAGACUCCCUUCACUGCUUGCAACAUGCACAUUGACCCAAAGCCUUUCAUCACUGCCUGUACACAGACUUUGUGUAAAUACCCUGCAGUGGAUGGUCUCAAAUGCCAGUUCCUGGAGGCCUACGCCAGAGCCUGCUACCACCGCAGCAAAGUCACAGUAAAAGACUGGAGGUCAAAGAGCCGCUGCUCUGAUGUCACUCGGGCCUGUCAGGACAAAUUCUGCAGUGCUCAUGAGUUCUGUGGUGAAAAAACCAGAAGUCGGGAAACCCGCUGUGUCUGCCGAGCCAUUUUUGCCUCCAAAUACAGAUCUACUAGCAGUUUUGGUGAGCCGACGGUCUGCAAGCAUAAGUCUGCGUCACUAACUCUGGCUGGAUGUCUUUUGGAAGACAAAGGCAUUGACUACUCUGUCCUACACCUCAAUGACGAGUCCUGCAAAGGUGAAAUGAACAAUCUGACCCACAUGGUGACGUUCAACUUCAAUAGCAGGAACACUUGUGGUACAGUGAUUGUGGCAAACGACAGUCAAGUUAUCUACAAGAACACCGUCAUGACACGGAACAGCUCCAUGUACGGCCUGAUUGAACGUCACAACAAAGCACAUAUUGACUUUACCUGUUCAUACAUUCAGCCAGAUAUCAAGAGCUUGGGCAUCAAAAUCAAACAGAGCUCUCUGAGCCAGAAGAUUGCAUCUGGACAAUGGAUUUACAAUCUGACAAUGACAGUAUACACUGACCCUGACAGCAAGGACCCGAUUCAGUCAGGCACAGAAAUUCAACUCGAUCAGACUAUCUGGGUGGAGCUGAAGACAGAUGGGCUGGAUGAACAAAUUGUUGCAGUGACCGACUCCUGCUGGGCAACAGAUCAGCCAUCGCCAAGCGGGAGCUUAAGAUAUGACCUCAUCAUCAAAGGCUGCCCUAACCCUGCAGACCAGACAGUGAAGGUAAAGGACAACGGAGUGGGCACAUCCAACCGCUUCUCAUACAGCACGUUCCGGUUCUCUGGCCAAAGUGACAAUAUCUAUCUGCACUGCAGAGUCAAACUUUGUGUCACGCAGGGUAAUGCCUGUGUCCCGAAUUGUAGCCACGGUGCAAGGAGGCGCAGAUCACAGCCGUCAAAAUAUGAGGAUGAAAACCCUGGCCUCAUCACCAUGGCUUGGACUGCUUAG